GUUGCACGCACACUCGGAGGCACACACACUUGCUCACUUGUGCUCUUGCACUUGCUGGCGCGCUCACACACGCAUGCUCGGGAGCGGCUGGGGUUUGUUUUUGCUUGAACGCUUGCACACUCAGAGGAGCUGCUCUUUUCCCCUUGUGCUUUCACAUGCAUGGGGAACGGCUGUCUUUUCUUGCACACUCACCCGCACACACUCAGAGGAGCUGCUCAUUUUUCCCCCUUUGUGCUUUCACACGCUCACGCAUACAUGGGGCACAGCUGUUUUUCCCGUUUGCACACUCACCCACAUACACUCAGGAGCUGCUCAUUUCCCCACCUUGCACACACACACAGGGGGCGACUCACUUUCCCGUUGCACACACGCACACAGAGGAGCUGCUGUCUUUUUCUCCCUUUGCACAAUCACCCACACACUCAGAGGAGCGGCUCACUUUCCCCCUUGCACGUGCAUGUGUGUGCACACAUACAGGAGCAGCUUAUUUUUCCCCUUGCACACACACACAUACAUGGUAUCUCAGAGGAGCUGCUUUCUUUUCACUUGUGCGCGUGCACACACCUAGAGGAGCUGCUCACUUUUCCCCUUGCAUGUACAUGUGUGCAUGCACACACAUCAGAGCUGUUCACUUUCCCCUUGCGCACACACACAUGCACAUGUAGAGGAGCUGCUGUCUUUUCCUUCCCUUGCAUAUUCACCCACACACACUCAGAGGAGCUGCUCUCUUUUCCCCUUGCAUGUACAUGUGCGCAUGCACACACACAGGAGCUGCUCACUUUCCACUUGCACACACACUGUCACACACACAAACAGGAGCUACUCAUCUCCCUCUCCCCCCACACACACUCUGAAGAGCUGCUGUCUUUUUGCUUGUAUGCACACACAAACACAUACACACACACACUCAGAGGAGCUGCUCACUUUUCCCCUUGCACAUGCAUGUGCACAUGCACACAGGAGCUUCUCACUUUCCUCUUGCACCCACACUCACACACACACACUGCUCUUUUCCUUUUGCACAUGCACACACACGCUCAAAGGAGUUGCUGUCUUUUCCCUUUGCGCACACAUUCAGAGGAGCUGCUGGUUUUUCCCUUUGCAAACACACUCAGAGGAGCUGCUGUCUUUCCCCCUUGCACACUCACUUGCAGGACCCCCCCAUGUUUCCCAGGGUGGCGGCGGCUCCAAAGCUUCCCUCACCACUCACAGGGCACUUGGGUCUUGCCUCUGCCCAGGCUUGGCAGUGGCCCUGCUGUGGUGCAAGAGCCGGGGCAGAGAAGCGCCCUGUUUGGGAAGUCAGGGCAGAGGCUCACACACCCCGGUUAACGACAUCCCUUCUCCUCUCUCAAGUGGCUGUCUUUCCAAGCUGUGAGGAAAAUACACCUGCCCAAAGGCAAAGCCACCAGGCCAGGCAUUGCAGUCUGUCCGUCCUCCUCGUCCCUGUCAACACCCUUCUGGGUUGCUCUGCAGGCCCCGCUGAUUAGCAGCAGGUCGGCUUUAAGGGCAAGAUUGUGCAUGCCAUUCCCAGGGAAAACCCGUCUGGACUUCGGUGGAUGCUCCUUUCUAACGUUUGGCAGCUUUGGAAAUCACAGGCUUCAUUUCCUAGCAAACUUCAUACCAUGUAACCUUUGAGAGGGAGCCCCAGCUCUGGCUGGCAUGCUUAGAGGAGUCUACCCAGACCAAUGCGGCCUGCGACCACAUUUAUACGGGUGCAUGUACAACAUCAAACUAACACACAGCGUCCUUUCCUACUUUCAUGUAUAUGCACACACAUGUUUUUUUGGGGAGGGGGGAGAAGGCAAUGUAAAAGCCAUCAGAACUGGGCUUUCUCCCUUCAAACAAAUUACUUAUGUACAUACUUCCUGAGUAAAUAGUGUCACGUAAAUAUUUAUACCUUACAUGUGGUCUCAUAACUCAGGGGAUGAAUAUGGAUCUUACAGAUGGAGAAUAAUUUGAUUGAUCCCAGCAGCCCGGCAGCAUUUGCAGAAGGGGGAAGCAUCAGUGGAGUUCAGCCAUGUGCAACUGAGCUAAAAUAGAGCUUCCUGAAGGAAGAUGGGCAGCGUUUUAAAAAAGAGACCACAAGCAAUGCUUUUAUAGUUACGGUAAUAAUAAAAACCCGCUGAGGGCAGGAUUUCAUGGGAACUUUUGCCUUUUUCAAGCACGGUCGACCCUUUUUGGUAGUGCAUUUCUGCUGGAUGCAGAGUACCUGGGCGUGCUGCUGGGUGACUUCACCUCCACAGAGACUGGGUCAUUUGCCGCCUUUGCGACAUUCAGAUUUAACUCAUGUGCGUCUGUGCAAGAAGAAGUUAGAGCAGAGUUUAGUCGUUUUCCUUUAAAGAAAAAAAAAACCCCACGUAACGCUGGUAAAAGCUGCCAGCCCUGGACAAGACAGCCUGCUUCGGUCCAAAGGACAGGUAGCUGUCAUCACACUGCCUUGUUUUCUGAGCUGGUGGGACAACCUUCCUGGGUCGGACGGCAGCUUGUUCUGCAUGAAUGAAAUUCCCUCCCAUACAGGCUGCCAAUGUUACUUCAACACCCUCGAAGCCUCCUGGCAUGCAAAGGCCUUGCUGCUUUGGUCUGAAAUUUUUUCGUAGUCUUUUUUUUUUUUCCUCCUGGGUUUUCAUGCUACAAGGGAUCAUUUGGGAGCUUACAGUGUGAACUGCUGCAUAUGGCACCGUUCAGCCUAGAAAAGCGAAGACUUUGCGGGGAUUUGGUGGCAGCUUACAAAUAUAUCAGAGGAGAGCAGCAGGGGCUGGGCAAGCAACUAUUCACCAAAGCGCCCCAGGGGAAAACUGGGAGCAAUGGUCAUAAACUCCUAGAAGGUUUCGGACUGGAUAUAAGGAAAAACUUUUUCACGGUUCAUGUGACCAGACUGUAGCGUGGGCAGUGCAGGCCUGGAGAUCUUCAAGCGGAGACCUUGCUGGGGUGAUUUGACCCCUGCCCAGACCCAAGGAUCUCACAAGGUCCCUUCCAGCCCUAAACUUGGGUGAACCUGCGAAUAACACCGAUCCAUCACCUUUACCCAAUGAUUCCUGCACCGACACCAAUAGUUGAGCUACAUCACGGGUGAGCGCAAUCUCACUGUAAAGGUUUCGAACGCUGGAGACGACACACAACUGACACGUUAUUCCACUCACCAGUCUGGGAAAAAAAUGACAUCUUAUUUUCAGUUUUGGUUUAUCGAACUGGAAAGUCCAGCCUUUUGAAGCUAUGCAUCUGACAGCUAGACUUUGGUGUCUCCUAUUCCUCAUAAAGAUGAGCCCUCUCUUGCAUAAGCUAGAUAGUUUGAGUGAUUUAAAUACCUCGCUCUGGCAGGCUGUCUAGCCCUUGACUCAUCCUGGUAGCUCUUCUCUGACUCAGGCUCAGUUUUUAUUGUCUCUGUAAGCACGGAGAGGCAGUUAGCCGUGUUAGUUUGACAUCAGGCAGAAAUUAGGAUAGCUGUGCACCUUAUUGACUAACUAAGCGCUGCCAACAAGAAUGCCCUUAGGUGGAUUUGUGCAGUUCCCGUUGUGACACGGGCAUCUUUCUGCUGGGUAAGAUAUGCCGACUGUGCUUCCUGACAGAUGGAUCCCAUGAGCGCAGCAGUAAGGGUGCUGCAAAACGCUUGUUAUUGGCCUUUCCUGUUUAGAAGAAAAGGCACGUUUUAAAAGUGAAAGUAGAGAGCAUGUUAUAAUCCUGGAAAAUGUGACCCUGUCCUUGUGGAAUGCACUUUUUCUUCUUCGCUUUCCCCUCUCACGUUAGAAAAAUGCAGUUCUGCAAACAUGACAUUUUCAAACCCAAAUCGCAGGAGCGCUGCAGUCUUUUCCGCCCCCUUUCUUCUCAGCUCCGUUCGAACAAGCAGCCAAGUUGCUUUGGGCCGUUAAAUGCUUUUACCUGCUGUGUCCAAGUCAAAAGUUAAAUAACGUGUGAACGGAUGGAAAACAAAAACAAGACGCACACAUCGACUGAGAAAGAGCCUUCCUUGCGAGAAGAUACGCGUUACAGGGCUAGAAAAAAAAAGAGCAAGCGCCUCUUUUCUGCGCGUGUGUCCGGGAGGGUUUGACAGAUGCAGCUGAAGUUAAUUAGCUGCUUGUUUCUCGGGGGUUGAUUCUGCAAAACACUAUGUGGUGUAUGGCUUCCUGAUUCGUGCAUCUGCUGUACGGACAUCAGGGAGACUAUGCUAAAGGUAUGUCGGUGCCUAAAAAUGCAACUAAACUUUCCAGUAGAAGUGGUUUAAAAGUCAGGAGCGAUAGUGAAGAUGGCUCCUGGAGAAAUACUAGCCACACACAUCCCCCGUUGAAACGUGCACCAAGAAGAAAACUUGACGACUUUGGCCAACAGGAAGUAGCAACCCUUUGCAGACUUGGCGACGGGACAAAGAUGUAUUAGUUAUGUUAACUAAAGAGCAUAAUUGACACAUCCUUUCUUCUUGGCGGUUGUUUGCUGUUCUUUAGUGCUAGAAAGCUUUUCAGUUCAACUCCGUCAGUCCCCAUUCAUGUACAUCGGCCUGUUCAAACUUGCUAGUUUAUACCACUGCUGGGUCUCUUUUGCUAUUUUAAAGGUCAAGCACCAUAGGUGAGGUUUGACUGUGGCGUACGCACACAACACUGGAAACCCAACUCCUAGAUCGCACUUAAAAGGCAAUUUUCUUACCUCCUUUCCAGCUGAUAAAGAAACUGUAGCAUCUCCUUCACUGGAGGUUUUUAGGACCAGGUUAAACCAAGUGGUUCUCAACCAGGGACCCAGUGCGUUUAACCCCAGAGAUUUCAAAUAAUCCAUAAAGUUCAAAACUUGCUGAGCUUUUGUGGGCUUUCUGAGUUCUUUGCAAAGGAAGACUUGCUCUAGUAUUUUUUCAGUCAUCAAAAAAUAAGUGAAAACUAAAAGCUGACAUUUUCUGAGCGGGUAUUUCGAGUGGACUGCGGGGCGCCUCGCGCCUGAAACGUUUGAGAAUCACUGGGUUAAACUCUCGGGGACGGUCUAGACUGAUUUGAUCCUGUCUCGGUGUAGGGGAGAUGGAUUAGAUGGCCUCAUAAGAUCCCUGUGCCCGUGAUUUCUACAAAUUACGGUUUUUAGGAAUGGAAUCCAUUCCUAAAAACGGAUGGAUUAGGAUCCAUUCCAGAUAAACCUGAAAAUGGUGAAAGCCAUCCAUUUCCUAUCUAGAUACUUUAAGAAAGUGAUGUUCUCGUGCACUUCGCAAACAGCCCGUCAGUCUCCCACCGACGUUGUAUUCUUCUUAUUAUUAUCAUCACCAUUGUCCCCGUUUACAGAGACGGAGUAGAGCUGUUUCAUGAGUUAACUAUCAGUCUCACAGGAGGUCGAUGGCAGAGCCAGCAAGAAAACCUGACUUUUUUUCGAACUGUCUUUUCUUCUUAUAUUAAGGUAACUCGAGCGUGGCUGGGGAAAAUGGGGCGAAAGCCAUGGAAAGGCCUCGCUGCCUAUAGAUCAAGCAUUUCAGCAGCUAACAUUUAGGUGGCUGACCCCCAGAGCAGAAUCCAAAGCCCCGCUCCUUUUACAACCAGGCCAGAAGCGAACCACCGCCAUCUCCGGUGCUUAUGGGAGAAAGCAGCUGCGGUGGCUGUGCUUUGUGCUGAACUCAGUGCUGUCAGCGUGCAUUAGGUGUGUUGAGAGCACAACUCCCAGAUCAGGCUCCUCACAGGACUUAGGCAUUGCUCCACCUGCUUGCUGGGUCCCCGUGGGGUUUAGGCAGGAGUUUACACCAAGCUGCUCGUGCGGAGACAGUCCUGUGCAUGCACAGAGGGGCAAGGGGCUGGACCCGACGACGUGUAAGGUCCCUUCCAGCCCCUAACAUCUAUGAAACUAUGAAACCUAUGAAACUAUGAGAAGGGAAGCACAACUAUGAAAAGAAAAGCAGUGAGUUUGGCUCCUCCAAGGCUGGGCAGCUGCUGAGUGGGUGGUUUUUGUUUCACACUGUUGGACAGAGGCACCUACAGUCUGCCUGAGUCCUGCUGGAGGCAGAUCGGGCCCUGUUUUGGAUCCAGCUGUGAAUCUAUUUACACUGUCACUGUCAAUAUCUUUUACAACCGCAGCGGUGCCAGGAGAGAAAGCAUUUCAUUCAGUCAAGAUCAGACUGUGCAAAACGCAGCGGUCGGGAGUCAGGGGACCAUGAAAACCAGAUUUUUCCCCCCCAUUCAAUUCCAGUCCAUGCGCCCUUGGAGUCUGGGGUUCAAAUUAAACUGAAAACUAGAAGAGGAGCUCAGUCCAAACAACCAAAUCUUGCUUGAUUUUUGGUCUAAACAUUGUGUUUCGCCUGGCUGUUGCCUGCAUCUGAAAGCGGGACGGAAGCCAACUUCGCACUUCAUCAAGGCUUGGUGAACCUGGAAAAGCUUUUCGGUGUCUCUAAUCAGAGUUUUAUCUUCAUCCCAAACCCCAAGCCCAGGCUUUCAAGGUUUCAGACAAUAUGGACUGGAUCCACCUAUGGACUGUCACUUACUAGAUGCCUAAGUACAAUUCGGUUACAUUGAACAGUGUGUUUCCUUGGGGGAGUGGGAAGAUGAGUGGGUUUUGGGGAUAGCUAUGACCUCCUGAAGGAGAAGGAGGUAUAGAUAGGCAAGGGAAGGACAGUAAGGGAUGGGGUGACUCCCCUGGCUGUGAGGCAAGGGAAUGGGAGUGGGUAGG